AUGGAAUAGUUUGGUAGAUAUUUUUUACUCGAAAAUUUUGUUUCAGAAGAAAAAAAAGCAUUAUUUGAAUCUUGUGUGGAGGAUUUAAGAAAUAUUAAUCCGGCAGUUUAACAGGACAUUGAAGAUACAAUAAUUUGCUAUGGUUUUACCCCUGAUAAAAAUAGAAAUGAUCCUGCCAUAAAAGAGGCUAAAGAAAAGCUUUAUGAGUUAAAUAUUUAUGACAAUUCAGACUAUAAUGUUAAAUUUGUAAGACCUCCUGAAUUAUGGAAUUAUCCAGAAGCAGUAUAAAAACAUAAAUUUAGAUCUAUUGCUAAACCUAAAGAUUGUUAUUUAGAUGGAAGAAUUGAAGCUUUAGAUGAAAAACUUAACUAAUUAAAAGAACAUUUAAUAUCUUUUAAGCCUUAAAAUUGGAGAGAAUUUGUAUUAAGAAUAGUUGAUGUUUUUAAAGAUUAAUAUAAUAAAGAAGUUUCAGCAGAUUGA